AUGGCGCAGGUGAAGGAGUCCAUCAAGGCCUCACUGGUGGGCACAACUGAGCCCGAGCCGCCCAUGUCUGCACAGGUGAAAUUGCGUUUCAUGCAGCAUGCGCGCCAGCACCCCGAAACCGGAGACCUGUGUAUGAUGGAGGAGGACUUCAUCAAUGCCAUUGCCCCAAAGCAUGAAGACUAUCACAAAAUUAAGCGUGAGCAGUAUGGAAUCCUGUUCCAGGUCGCCGAUCGACGCCGCGCAGGAACAGUGAAUCUGAGCGACUGGGCUGCCUUUGAAAGCCUCCUCUCGAAGCCUGAUGCCGAAUACGAAAUUGCCUUCAGACUGUUUGACAGUGAUGGAACUGGCGCCGUCAAGUGUGAAACUAUCCAGAAGCUCUACAAUGCAAACAAGAGUGGAGAUGCGAUCCCAUUUGACUGGAACUCGGAGUGGGCUUCGUUGUAUACUGGUAGGAAGAAGACCAGGCACGAUAUGACCUAUCCGCAGUUUGCGCAAAUGCUCCGCGGUCUUCAGGGUGAGAGAAUUCGUCAAGCUUUCCACCUUUUCGAUAAAGAUGGAGACGGCUACAUCGCGCCAGAAGAUUUCCAGCGCAUUAUUCUCCAGACAGCCAAACACAAGCUCUCCGAUCACCUGCUGGAAAAUUUACCAACGCUUUGCAAUAUUUCCACAGGCAGCAAAAUUUCUUACGCCAAUGUGCGCGCUUUCCAGAAUAUUAUCCGCGAGAUGGACAUGAUUGAAUACAUCAUCCGUAGUGCAAUCAGUAAGAGCGAGGACGGCAAAAUCACAAGGGCCGAUUUCUUACAUGAAGCCGCGCGAGUCACCCGCUUCUCUCUGUUCACACCAAUGGAAGCUGACAUUCUGUUUCAUUUUGCCGGGUUGGAUGCGCCAUCUGGAAAGCUGUCAUGGAGCGAUUUCACGAAGGUGAUCGAUUCCUCAUGGCACACUACUACUAUGCUAGGAUCGGGGGCAAUCAAUGCAGUCUCUAAGGCCACAGACAAUGCUGUGACGACAUCGAGGAAACUUUUGGAUGGCUUGCUCGAAUCGGCUCAUCACUUUGCUUUAGGAAGUAUUGCAGGUGCCUUCGGCGCAUUCAUGGUGUAUCCAAUUGAUCUCGUUAAAACCCGAAUGCAAAACCAGCGAAGCGCGCGUGUUGGUGAGAAACUUUACACCAACUCGCUUGAUUGCUUCAAAAAGGUCAUUCGAAACGAAGGUGUCUUGGGUCUCUAUUCCGGUGUUUUGCCUCAGUUGAUUGGUGUUGCACCGGAAAAGGCUAUCAAAUUAACUGUCAACGACCUUGUUCGCGGCCGGCUCACUGAUAAGAAGACCGGUAAUAUCUGGUGGGGUCAUGAGGUACUUGCUGGUGGUACAGCUGGUGCUUGUCAAGUGGUCUUUACCAACCCCCUGGAAAUUGUCAAGAUUCGUCUUCAGGUCCAAGGAGAAAUUGCCAAGUCUGGACAGGCCGCUCCCCGGCGCUCAGCUAUCUGGAUUGUAAAGAACUUGGGUCUCAUGGGAUUGUACAAAGGGGCCAGUGCUUGUCUUCUCCGUGAUGUCCCUUUCUCUGCCAUUUACUUCCCUACCUACUCCCACCUAAAAACAGACUUGUUCGGCGAAUCUGCCACUAAGAAACUCGGCGUAAUUCAGCUUCUCACAGCGGGCGCCAUCGCUGGUAUGCCAGCCGCUUACCUGACCACCCCCUGUGAUGUUAUCAAAACUCGUCUCCAGGUCGAGGCCCGUAAGGGAGAAACGAAAUACACAUCCCUUCGUCACUGUGCCACCACAAUCAUGAAGGAAGAAGGAUUUACAGCAUUCUUCAAAGGAGGUCCGGCUCGUAUCCUCCGAUCUUCCCCUCAGUUUGGUUUCACCCUCGCCGCUUAUGAAGUUCUUCAAAAGAUGUUGCCUAUGCCAGGAACUGCACAUGAAGAGGUGACAACCACUGGGCUCUCAGAACCAAGCGUUGGCCUCCAACCUGCGACUGCUCCGCUCCCAUAUCUCCGUUCUCGCAAUGCCCUUAAACUUAUCCUCGAUUUGGACGAAAAUUUUGGACGAAUCCGUGUUCCCCAGAGCAAAUCUUGGCCUGGCCUUCCAGGAAUUGCUAAGCAGUGA